GAGCCCAAAUCAACCCAGUGGCUUCUAAGAUCUACUCUCUUGAAAAUGGUCCUGAGAUAUUAUAACAUUUUGUCAGACAAGACAAUGGCGAGUAAACGACCUUCUGACUCAUGGCUUACUUAGAUGAAGGGGGCUAAGCAUUUUUUAGAAUUUUUACAUUUUUUAAUUAUCCCCGAUGACACAUUUAUUUGGGCGCUUCAUAUACUAGCUAGAAAGUGGGGAAAAGACAAAGAGAAAGGCUUUCAAUAGCUACAAUGGUUUGGGCCUAAAAGAAGACAAGAGCAACAUGAACCGUGAAGACCGGAAUGUGCUCCGUAUGAAAGAAAGAGAAAGGAGAAAUCAAGAAAUCCAGCAGGGAGGAGAGGCCUUCCCAGCCAACUCCCCGCUUUUCCCUGAACCUUAUAAAGUUUCCAGCAAAGAAGACAAACUUUCAAGUCGCAUCCAGAGCAUGCUGGGGAACUACGACGAGAUGAAGGAGACCAUGGGUGAACCUCCCAUGUCCAAGCUCCUGGCCAAAGCUUCCAGCUCGUCCUCGUCAGAGGACAAGUCCAUAUACAGCGAGCAGAGAGUUGGAGGCAGCCAGAGCCAAGGCAACAAGUGGACCCCUGUGGGCCCGGCGGCAGGCCCCUCCCCCUCCGCCUCAUCCUCGUCCAAGUCACAGGGCCGCCCGGGCUCGGCUGCGCAGAACGCUCAUGGCGGCGGCGGGCAGCGCGGAGGAGGCGGAGGCGGGCAGCGCCACGAGCGAGACUUUGCCGGCGGCAGCAACAAGAAGCCCAGCAAGCACGAGCACAAAUCGCACGCCACGUCCAGCCCGGCCAAGCCUGGCUCGGCCAGCUCCGGCAGCCACGGGCGCUCGCUGGCGCCUGAGCACCACGGCAAGGACCGCUACCGCUCCAAGUCGCCCAGGGAGCGCGAGGCCAGCUGGGACUCGCCGUCCCGUGUGCACUCGUCCUCGUCCUUUCCCGGUGGCCAGCACUCCAGCCAGUCCUUCCCCCCGUCGCUCAUGUCCAAGACAAGCUCCAUGGUGCAGAAGCCCACGGCUUACGUGCGGCCCAUGGACGGCCAAGAGACGGCCGAGCCCAAAACGUCGUCAGAGUCAUAUGGAGGCCAGUCGCACAGCGGCAGCAUGGGCGAGAUGAAGACCAAUGGCAAGGCGUCGCUCACCAAGCUUAAGAUCCCGGCUCCGGACGGGGGUUCCAUGGCCGGAGACGCAAGCUGUGUAGACGAGAUUUUAAAGGAAAUGACUCAGUCCUGGCCUCCUCCACUCACAGCCAUUCAUACACCCUGCAAGACAGAGCCUUCGAAGUUCCCCUUCCCCACUAAGGAUGCACAGCAUGCCGGUUUUGGAGGACUCAAAAAAUGUAUCUCAGGGAAGGGCUCCUCCACCAGUCAGCAGCAGGCUAAGGCAUGCGAUGGCGACCAGUCCAACAUGCUACAUGAUGACCUGAAGCUCAGCAGCAGUGAAGACAGUGAUGGAGGGCAGGACUCCGCAAAGAGGAACACCUCCGCCAGCAACAACAGUAACAAUAACAGCGAGGGGGCCGAGCGGGAAGACUCCAGCAGUCACAGCGGCUCAGAGAGCAGCUCCGGCUCGGAGAGCGAGAGUGAGAGUAGCUCCACAGACAGCGAGAGCAAUGAACCACCCCGCCCGGCCUCACCUGAGCAGCGUGAACAGCCCCCAGCCAACAAAUGGCAACUGGACAACUGGUUGUCAAAGAUGGAGGACCGCGAGGCCAACACGGGCCGUGGCUAUGGCAACCAGGGCUCCAAAGACUCCGCCCCCACCCCGAGCCGGGACCUGCGGGCCGCCCAGAAGGGCUCAGAGAGUGGGCGGGGCCGGCAGAAGUCGCCCGCCCAGAGCGAAGGGGGCGGGGGCGGCGGCCAGCGCCGCUUUGUGGGCAAGAAGCAGCCGAAGAAGUCGGAGAAGCCGCCGGUGGUAGAAGAACCGAAGGGCGGCCUGAAGGUGGAAAGCGAGCCUGCACCGGAGCCACCACAACACCGCGCCCGCGCGCCCAACAAGGGCCCCCGCAAGCCCAGCAUGCGCAAGGAGCCCCGCCCCUCCUCCUCCCCACGGGCAGUCGCCGCCGCUGCCGCUGACAGGCGCAAGGCCCGGGCUCCUGGCAAGACGCCGCAGAAGUCGCGCGAGUUCGUGGACACGGACCCAUCGUCGUCCGACUCUGAGGGCGAGGAGAGCGCGCCCUCGUCCUCGCAAACACCCAAGUAUGCCGAGAGCAUCCGCACACCCAUCGGGGAGAAAGAGCUGCUGUCACCGCUCAGCGAUGCAGACGAGCGGCCACCGCCCCCACCGCCCCUCCCCCGCCAGCUGCUCGUCACCAUCGACCUCAACCUGCUGAGCCGCGUGCCCGGCAGACUGUGCAAGGACGGGGAGGCCAAGGCGGACAGGGACGCGGCCGGAGAGAGCAAGGACUUCCAGAAGCAGCCGGGAGAGAAGGGCGCCAGCAAGGGGAAAAGGAAGCAUAAGAAUGACGAUGAUGGCCUCAAACCGGACAACAAGAAAUCCAGGCUAGAAGAAAGGUCCUCGCACCACAAGGCGAAUAAGGAGUCGUCGAAGCGUGGCCUGGAGAAGGAUAAAGAGCCCGUGCCCUCGCCGUCCAUGGGUCCGCAGCGGACACCUCGGGCGGAACAGCAGGGCCGCAAGCGCACGGCCAGCCAGUCUUCGGCCUCGCUGCCUGGCAGCACUGGCAGCAAGGAAGUCAGCAAGAGCAGCUCGGCCUCCAAGCACCGCAAGGGGGAGGACAAACAGAGCCGGAGCGGCCGUGACCCCAAGGAGAAGAGCUCCAAGAUGGAGAACCAGCUGGCUGUACCACCUCUUCCUUCAGAUGGUUCGAAGAGGUCCAAACUGCACUUUGAGGACAGGGUCCACUCCGCUGACCAUUACCUCCAAGAGGCUAAGAAGCUAAAACACAACGCAGACGCUCUGAUGGACAGGUUCGAGAAGGCCGUGUAUUACCUGGAUGCCGUGGUCUCCUUCAUCGAAUGCGGAAAUGCACUGGAGAAGAGCGCCCAGGAAGCCAAGUCCCCCUUCCCCAUGUACGCCGAAACCGUGGAUCUCAUUAAGUACACUAUGAAAUUAAAGAGCUACAUGGCCCCAGACGCUACUUCAGCAGACAAGCGGCUAGCGGUGCUGUGCCUGAGGUGCCAGUCGCUCCUCUACCUUAGACUGUUCAAGCUGAGGAAGGAGAGCGCUCUGAAGUACUCGAAGACGCUCACGGAACACUUGAAGAAUUCGCUGAGUAAUACUCAAGCUCCAUCUCCUGGGAUGGGAAACAAAGCGGCUGGCAUGCCGUCGCCAGUGUCGCCCAAGCUGUCACCAGGCAGCGCGGGCAGCUACUCCUCCAGCAGCUCCAGCCAGAGCAGCAGCUCCUCCGUCACCAUCCCUCAGCGCAUACACCAGAUGGCCGCCAGCUACGUGCAGGUCACCUCCAACUUCCUCUACGCCACCGAGGUGUGGGACCAGGCCGAGCAGCUGGCCAAGGAGCAAAGAGACUUCUUCACUGAGCUGGAUAAGGUGAUGGGUCCACUGAUCUUCAACACCAGCAGUAUGACUGAGCUGGUGCGCUACACGCGGCAGGGCCUCCACUGGCUGCGGCUCGACGCCAAACUUGCCACAUAAGUGGCUCCCGUUCCCUCGCUCACUAACACCCCCCUGGCCUUGGCCUCUGUCUGCAGUCCCAUACACUUACACACAACGCUCCCAGAGUUAAUCUGCCUUAGACAUAUAUGUGACACUGUGUCCAUUUUCUACACCAGCUUGCCAAAAAACGACCCACUUUAAACAAAUAAAACACCCCUCCUUGGCCCUCAUAAAUAUUCAUGAGUGGGGAGGCAACUAAGUGCACAUUUGUCAACUGAGCAUUCUUAGGCUGCAUUGUUCUGUCUGCAUCGCUGGAUCGUUCUAGGCCGGAAUAAAAAAGAAAAGCCAUCUCUUUUUUUUUUUUUUUUUUUAUUUAUUUUUUUUUUUUUUUCCCCCCUCUUUUUUCCUGGUCUCAGUUUUAGAUUUUCCUGCUUUCUUCUUUUUAUUUAUUUAUUUUUUAACACCUACAGCUAUGAACAACCAUGAACAAUACUUUGGACAUUUUCAAUUAUCUUUUUCGGUUUUGUUUCCUUUUUUUUUAACCAAAGUACCUCCCUUUAACCAAAGGUGCUUUAAAACUAAGGGUUUGUGUCCUUUUAUAAUUUUUGUGCCUUGUAUAUGAUACAGGAAACUAGGAAAUACAGUACUUUGUUCACCCACACGGACUUGGUCCUGGAGCGGAGUUGCGUCAUUAGACCAGGAGCCGUGUGUCCCAGGGCAGGGCUGUGGAAUGCUAAUGGACUUUAGCCGUAAUCCGUACAGAGAGCAUUCCAUUCGCUUUACACAACGUUGUGAGGCUAAGCUGCAUCAUGGGUAGAUAUCACUGCGUGUGUGAAAAUUUUUUGUCUUCAUGAGCGCUGAGCCGAAAUGGUCAUCUGAGCCUGAUGCAGCCAUGCCGUGGUCCUUAAAGAUCCUCCAGUGUAUCAACAUUGAAAUGUGUGUCAGUGUUUUUUUUUUUCCUGCUUUGAUUUGUUGACCAAAAGGACUUAAAGCAUCAUUUUAAAACUUUAGUGAUUUCCUUCAGUGUUCUUACAACAUCAUGCUCUAGAUCAUGAGGCAGGAAGACAAAAAAAAAAAAUCCUCUUUCAGAGUCUGUAACACAGUAUAUAUUUUGUUCAUGCUGGCUAAGGCUUUUUAAACUUAGAUUCUCUUUAGCCGUAGCUUCUCUCUUCCUAAGCACACAAGUAUUUUAUUACUGCCGCUUCAGUACCUGGCCCAAUCUAGAUUUUAUUUAGAUACGGAAAAUCCGCUUUGUUCCAAGUUGUGUUUUCACUAGAGAUUUUUCGGCUUGAAUACAGGGUUGUAAUAUGAGAUGUAUUUCUAUUCUAUAUGAAAAUGUCAUAUUUAAAUAUUUAAUGUCAGUCUUGAGGUUCCCUUUAUAGCAUCUUAGUCAUUUGUGUAGUACAAAUCAUUUAAAGGAAAAAGUCAUCUAAGGAAUAUAUUUAUGAUACAUGCUGUCAAUAUUUACGGUUUAUAUAUACGAUGCAGUAUAUUGCAUAUUAAGAGUGUUCUAGAGGAAACCUGCCCAGAAAACAGUAGUUUUACUUCUAAAACUGUAUCGUUCCAUAGCAGUCUCGUUUUGUCUGAAGUGUUGCAGUAAUUCAGGCAUCACUGGUUAAAAAGUCGUCAAAUAAAACCUUUUUGAUGGUACAGUAAUAAAACAAGAAGAGCGUUAAUAUCUCAGCAGACUGAAGUUACUUGGUUCAGUCCACAGUGUAUUAAAUGCUGGAAAAAAAUACCAUCUCUUGCACUAGAAACUUAUUUUGUAGGCUCCCUGUUUUUUCUGUAGGGACAAACUGUUAUUUCUUCUUGCCCUCUUUCAGAGUUGAGGAAGAAAUCUGUCUAUGCAGACCC